AUGUCGCUUCGGCUGCGCGAGUUCAUCGACGAAGUGCGGAGCGCACGGACGAGUUCUGAAGAGCGCGAGCUUGUGCGACGUGAACUAGCUGCUAUUCGGACCAAGUUUGCUCAAGAGAACACAGACUUCCGUCUGCGUAAUGUUGCAAAGCUUCUGUACAUGCAGAUGCGGGGCUACUCGACGCAGUUUGCGCAGCUCGAGUGCCUCAAGCUUGUGGCGUCCGAGUCGUUUGCGCAGAAGCGGGUGGGCUACCUCGGGCUGAUGCUUCUGCUCGACGAGGACUCGGAGGUGCUGAUGCUGGUGACCAACUCGCUGAAGAACGACCUCAACCACCCGAACAUGUAUGUGGUCGGCCUCGCGCUCUGCUCGCUCGGCAACAUGUGCACGGCCGACAUGGGCCGCGACCUCGCGGGCGAGGUGGAGAAGCUGCUCUCAUCGUCUAACCACUACGUGCGCAAGAAGGCUGCGCUCUGCGCCCAGCGCAUCAUCCGCAAGUGCCCGGACCUGCUGGAGAACUUUGUGGGCCUGGCCAAGUCGCAGCUAGUCAAGCGCCACCACGGCGUUCUUCUCACGGGCAUCACGCUCAUGAUCACCAUGUGUGAGGUCGACCCGGCGGUUGUCGGCCCGUUCCGCCGCUUUGUGCCGGCCCUUGUUGGCGCGCUCAAGUCGCUGAUCGUCUCAGGCUACGCGCCCGAGCACGACGUCGGCGGCGUGACCGACCCGUUCAUCCAAGUCAAGCUCCUGCGCCUGCUGCGGGUCCUGGGCCGCGGCGACGUCGAGUCGUCGGAGAAGAUGAACGAUGUGCUCGCCUACGUCGCCACCAACACCGAGACCAAGCACAACGUUGGCAACGCCAUCCUCUACGAGGUUGUGCAGACCAUCAUGUCGAUCGAGGCCGACUCGGGCCUCCGCCUGCUGGCCGUCAACAUCCUCGGGCGUUUCCUCCUCAACAAGGACAACAACAUCCGCUAUGUGGCGCUCAACACGCUCUCCAAGGCUCUGCACGGCGACCUGCAGGCUGUUCAGCGCCACCGCGCCACCAUCACCCAGUGCCUCAAGGACCCGGACGUCUCGAUCCGCAAGCGCGCUCUCGAGCUCUGCUACAAGCUUGUCACCGACCGGAACGCCAACGACCUCAUUGCCGAGCUCUGCCUCUUUGUUGACGUCAUCGACGACGAGUUCCGGCCCUCGCUAGUCGCCAACCUCAUCCGCCUCGCCGGCGAGUUCUCGCAGGGCGACCGCUGGCACGCCAACCUCGCGCUCCGUAUCCUCCGCUCGGCCGGCUCAUACGUCACACCUGUCGUCGGAGACCGCAUCAUUUCUCUCUUUGCCCGCCUCGAGUCGGAGCAGCAGUACAUUGUCAAGCGGCUGUACGACAUGCUUAUGGAUGCGAUGAGCUCUGAGGAGCUCAAGCGCGUCGGCGCGUGGUGCAUCGGCGAGUUUGCCGAGCAGCUUGUCGCGCCGGGCGGCGGCGCCGCUGUCUCGCACGUCUCGGUCUCGGACGAGGAAAUUGUCACCGUCCUCGAGCUCAUCGAUGGGCAGACGACCACGACCACGCUCACCCGCACCUAUGUCCUUACCGCCCUCAUCAAGCUCUCUGUCCGUCUCACCGACGACGGCGCACACGCUCGCAUCCUCGCCCUCCUCUCCUCGUACCAGAACUCGAUGCAGGUCGAACUCCAGCAGCGCGCUUGCGAGUACCUCGCCAUCUACCAGAUGACCGACCUCCGCCCCGCGUUGCUCGAGCACAUCCCGGUCCUCGAGGUCGACUCGGACGGCGACGGUGACGACGACGAUGAUGACAACGAUGAUGACGAGAUUGACGGCAACGACGUGUACAACAAGAACAACGUCAAGAUCACGUACGCCUUUGCCAAGCAGCCUGGCCGGCCUGAGGUGACUGCUAUCAACGCCACGUUUACCAACGGCAACGCCUUUGAGCUCCGCGAUCUCUCGUACCGUAUCGCCGUCCCGACGUACAUCCAGCUCAAGCUCGGCCCGGCGUCAUCGACGGUGGUGCCUGCGGCCAACGGCGGGGCCGUGACGCAGGUUAUCCACCUGCUCAACUCAAAGCACGGCGCCGCGCCGGUCCUUCUCAAGUACCAGCUGGCGUUUAACGCCAACGGCACGCCGUACACCGAGCAGGGCGACGUCGCCGGCUUGCCUGCCGGCCUGUAA